CUUGCGCAUGCUCAUCGCUCUGUGGUUUUUCCAAGCGUGCGAAAAGUGUCUUUUAAGCUCUUUUUGCUGUGCUGGUGUUCGUUUAGAGAAAUGUUGGGGUUACUUGGGAAGUGUGAUGAGAUGUGAAGCACAUCGCUUGACUGCUUCUUCCCCUGAGUUUGGCGUUGUUGCUGUGCUGUGGCGUUUUUGUAGAUUGAUUUCUGUGGCCAAUUGGAGCGGUUUUGGCGAAGUUUGUGGGAGGUUUUUCUUGUGUAAUUUGGCGACCGACCAAGGCAAGGUUUUACAUGCAAGUGUGUGGAGUGUCACGACUCUUUAAUGCCGUGUUCUUGAAAGCACACUGUUCAUCCUCAUCCGGAGCAUUUGGACUUCGAAAUCCUGAAAUUAUGACAGGAUCCACGAAAGCCCAGCCCUCCUUGCUCUUUCGGCAACUAUUUGAGAAAGAGUCAUCAACUUACACUUACUUGCUGGCAGAUACUGCGCAUUCGGAUCGACCUGCCGUGCUUGUGGAUCCUGUGGACAAGACCGCAGAGAGGGAUGUCGCUCUUGUGGAGCAGUUGGGGCUGAAAUUGUUGUAUGUCAUGAACACCCAUGUACACGCAGAUCAUGUCACCGGCACUGGUCUUCUCAAAAAAAAGAUACCAGGAGUUAAAUCAGCUAUUUCAAGAGCAAGUGGUGCCAAAGCUGACAUUCACCUGGAUGCUGGCGACAAAAUCUGCUUCGGCAACCUGUAUCUCGAGGUGAGGUCAACUCCCGGACAUACCGAAGGCUGCGUAACGUAUGUCACUGGAGAAGGCCUCGAGCAACCGUAUCCACGAAUGGCAUUUACUGGAGAUGCUCUCCUUAUUCGUGGUUGCGGUCGCACAGACUUUCAGGUCAUUCACUGUGUUAGAGAGGAGACGCAAGCCGGCUAUAUAAGUCGGUGCACUCGCAGAUUUUUACUUUACCAAAAGAGACACUCAUCUACCCUGCCCAUGAUUACAAAGGACACAUGGUCUCGACAGUUGGAGAGGAACUCAAGUUCAAUACUCGACUCACAAAAGAUGAGGAGGAAUUCAAACUCAUAAUGCAAAAUUUAGGGUUGCCUUACCCGAAGUUGAUGGACGUGGCAGUUCCUUCUAACAUGCUGUGUGGUUUCCAAGAUCCUGUGUAAACAUAUAGGGGGUGAAUUGUGGUCUGCAUGGCAUAUCAUGUUGUUCAUAUCAUGAUUGCAGGUUUGGAUAACUAAAAUCACACCUGCAGUUGCCCUAUACCAAUGUGAUCUUAUGCCCACAUUGUUGGCUAAUGGCCAUAUCACUUGCUUUCGCUUCAAAAAUCAUCGUAGUAAGCUACUUUUUUCUUUUCAAAUAGAACAAUUAGCAGUACUCCUUGAUAGAUAGAUACGAAUAAUAGCGAUUGCAACCUCCAGCUAUUGUAGUUAUUUUAUUUUAACUGCCUUGGAUAACCUUGUAAGUUCGGUAAUCUCUUCCUGAACGAAAAGCUGAAUGAUCUCUCUCUAAA